UGCCAGUGCUACAACGGCAUGGUGUUGUCCACAGAGAGCACCGUCGCUCUGUACGGGACCGUCACUCCGGUUCCUGAGGGCAAACAGGCGCCCGGAGGCCACGAGCUGCACUGUGACUUCUGGGAGCUGAUUGGCUUAGCUCCGGCGGGCGGCGCCGACAACCUGCUGAACGAAGAGUCGGACGUUGACGUCCAGCUGAACAACCGGCACAUGCUGAUCAGAGGAGAGAACGUCUCCAAGAUCCUCCGAGUCCGGUCCACCGUCACGCAGUGCUUCAGGGACCAUUUCUUCAGCCGCGGAUACUACGAGAUCACUCCUCCGACCCUGGUGCAGACUCAGGUCGAGGGCGGCUCCACGCUGUUCAACCUCAACUACUUUGGCGAGGAGGCGUACCUGACGCAGUCCUCUCAGCUCUACCUGGAGACCUGCAUACCCGCGCUGGGCGACACCUUCUGCAUCGCCCAGUCGUACCGCGCCGAGCAGUCCCGCACCCGCAGACACCUGUCCGAGUACACUCACAUCGAGGCCGAGUGUCCCUUCAUGACAUUCGAGGAUCUGCUGAACAGACUGGAGGAUCUGGUGUGUGACGUGGUGGACCGCGUGCUCAAAUCCCCCGCCGCACAGCUGCUCUACGACAUCAACCCU